GUGAUCAGAUGCCAUUUUUGGAUUGGCUCCCCCUGUGGUUCCUGUGUCAGCCUCGGGGAGGGCACCGGCUUCUCAGCCUCGGAAGCUGUAGCCAGUGGUGGAUGGAAAACGACUGUCCAGUGCCGAUUCACAUAUAUAAGAGACAAAGAGACAUACUACCAGUCGUCAUCUCACUCCCAUCGCCCAUAUCUUCACUGUACUACUCAGUCCAACCAAAAAAUCAGUGCGAAAACCACGAUGGUCUUGAAACUUCACGGCGCUCGCAUGUCCACCUGCACCCGCACCGUCGCGGUCGUGGCCAGGGAGCUCAACGUCCCAUACGAGUUCGUUGAUGUCGACUUCGCCAAGGCCGAGCAUAAGUCGCCCGCGUUCACCGCCGUCCAGCCAUUUGGCCAGGUGCCUUAUAUCGAUGAGGAUGGCUUCAAGCUAUUCGAGUCGCGAGCCAUCUCCCGCUAUCUCGCCAAGAAGUAUGCGGGCCAGGGCACGAAGCUGAUCCCCACCGACCCCAAGGAUGAGGCCGUCUUCGAGCAGGGUGUCUCGAUCGAGUCGUCCAACUUCUACCCCCAUGCGUUUGGAUUCGCCUUCGAGAAGGUCUUCAAAGCGAGGCGCGGCCUUACCACUGACGAAGCCCGUGCUGAGGAACAUCUCAAGACUCUCGCGGCCAAGCUCGACGCGUACGAUGUCAUUCUCGGCAAGCAGAAGUACAUUGGAGGCAAUGAGCUCACCCUCGCGGACCUGUUCCACCUCGCGUACACCCAGUUUCUUAUCACGCUCGGUCAGGGCGACCUCUUUGAGUCGCGCCCCAAUGUGGCGAGGUGGUGGAAGGAGAUCUCGAACAGGCCUUCUUGGCUUGCUGUCAAGGAUGGUGCUUAAGUCAGAGUUGACUAUUGUUAGAAUGAAUGGGGGUAUGAAAGUGUAUCCAAAACUAUACAGUAGCUAAACACUAUUGAACAUCAUCGCGAGUUUUCUGACGGAAUACCUCGCGGCUAGC